GAGCAGGUUUGGAAGUUGACAAAACUAAGAUACAAGCAGUCUGGGAUUGACUUACACCGAUGACCUUAACAAAAGCAAGACAAAUUGUUUGAAGGGUUGCAGAAUUGAGUAGCAUGAUGAUGCAGAGUCAGCUUUUCGAUUGAUUAAAGAACAACUCACAACGGCACCGAUCUUAGUCCUUCCAGAUUUUUCACCACCAUUUGAGUUGCACACAGAUGCUUUUAAAAUUGGUAUUGGCGCAGAACUCAGUCAGAACAGUAGACUCAUGAUAUUUUUCAGUGAAAAACUUUAUGGAGUAAAACUUAAUUACAAUACUUAUGAUGUGGAAUUCUAUGUCGUUGCGCAAGACAUGAGGUAUUGGUGUCACUAUUUGUUUCACAUAGAAUUUAUGUUUUAUACAGAUCAUGAUUAAUUAAGACACCUACACCAGCAAGACAAGGUGUCACUCCGCUAUGCGAGAUGGGUUGCUUAUUUGGAACAGUUCACCUAUGUGGUUAAAUAUAAAGCAAGGGUUGUUAAUAGAGUGGCAGAUGCUUUAAGUCGCAGGAGCAACUUUAUAGUUACUAUGUGGGUCGAGGUAGCAGGCGAUUUGAUUAUUAUGCAAAUCAGAAGAGAUAUAUGGAAUCUAAAAGGAAAGUAGUCUCCAAUCUCUCAGAAUACGCUGAGUACCUCAUUCAGAAGUGGAGAGCUGAGGAUGAGGACUCAUUUCAUGAAACACCCUGGUUUAGAAAACACUUCUGGGCCACAGAAGCAAGGAAGAAUGGCUUUCGUGAACCUCAUCAGGGAUCUUAUAGGAAUAAGAGGAAUGGAACAUUUGAUUUUUGUUCAAGUGACGAUGAUGAUGUGGAAACUAUAUUUCGUUCUUCAUUUGGAAGGGCGCGGUUCUCUUAUCGGUCAUUUUAUAGAUCUGAAAAUUUUCAGUGGAGUUAUUCUGGUGAUGAUUCUCAUAAAAGCUCUAGGAAUUGGACAUAUGAAACAGAAGAUGAAAUUGAUGCUUCUUACCAACAAAGUUUUGCGGGUGAAAGGUUGGCUCUUGGAUUAAAAGCAACUGGCCCUCUAAAGUUGGAAGAAGUUAAAACUGCAUACAGAAGUUGUGCUCUAAAAUGGCAUCCAGAUCGACACCAAGGUUCAUCAAAGAUAGCAGCAGAGGAGAAAUUCAAACACUGCACUGCUGCAUACCAGACACUGUGCGAUAAAUUAGCUAUGAACUAAUGUGAGGGCAGAGAUCACGAUAACUAUGGAAGUUCAUCAUGUUUUAUCAUUCAUCAAUUUAGUAAUUCUGGGUGCAAUGGUUCAAAUGUAGGCCAAGUGAUUCAUCGAUUCUGUUGGCAUCAUUUGAUGAAUUAUCAUGGAAUAAUAAAAGUAUUUAUGUCGUAGCUUUAGAGCUGCUUGUCCAGCUUUGUUGUUUCAUUGAUUAGGAAAAGAAGGGAAAUCUUUUCAGUUUUUAAAAGUAAUUGAGCAUUGUAAAGUGUACUUUCAUAUUCAAAUGAAAGGACCCAUUUUGUCUGAAGAGUCAAUGUAACCAUUCUCGUUUGUGGUC